AUGAAUGACCACCUUCCUGAACUAAUUAAAAGUGAAAGGUUGAUGGAUGAAAAUGAAUUACAACUUCAAAGUAUUUCAUCAGAUAAAAUGGAAGACCCAAAAACAUGUUUGGAAGACAAAAUGAUACGGGAGAAAAACCGAAAAACAUUAACCUUAGCUAAUAUCGAAAAAGAAAAAACUAGAUGUUUAUUAAGAGGGUUAAGAGAAGAGUUGGAACAAGUUUUAGCCAGCAACAAGUUACUACCAGAACCAUUGCAAUUUUCUGAUGACUAUUUUCAAUUAGAUGAACGAAUUCAUAAUUCAAUUAUUAAAGAAGAGCAAUCGAAAAUGGAUAAAUUACAGUUAUCACUAGCAUUCGAUUAUGAAAAGAGCUUAAUAGGUCUUAAAAAAGUCAAAAAUUAUUUCGUCGCUAACAUUUUAACCAAUAACUUUGAAGUAAAAGCAAUUUUGGCAGAUGUAGGAGUCAAAACAAUAUAUCAUGAAUUACAACCUAAUAAUAUAUUUAUUAGUUUAAUAAAUGAGUUUAUAUCUAAGAAACACCCGAAACGACGGUAAUCUAUAGAGAAAAUAAUAGUCCCAGACUUUGCAAGAAGACGUGAAAUGACAGUUUUAAGCAAACCUGCUCCCAAUCUCAUACUUGGGGUUUCUGAAACAGAUAUAUUUCUUCGAAAUGUACGAGAAAAGUAUUCGUCUUUACCAAAGAAAAUUCAGUUUGCCAUAGAUAAGUUUGCUGCAAGAAAAGAUUUUGAAAAUCGGCAAAUUCUUAAUAUUCAAGACAUGUAUAAAAAUAAGCCAGGUGAAGAUAAUAAUAUCGAAGAAGAGGCAUUACUAGAAAGUACUCUGGAUUCUAUUGGUUUUUUAAACUUGAAAUCGGGAUCACAUUUUAAAGUGACUGAAAAUUCAAUAAUUAAAAUGGAAGAUACGUUUGAAAAUUACAUGGAAGUUAAAGAUAAGAUACACAUUAUGAAAAAAACUUUUAAUGAAAAAGUGUUUGAUCUCAGAACACAAAAAAUAAGAUUAAUACAGGAAUACAAACAAUUCAAGUUUGAUAUUAGUAUGAUACAAAAGGAGUUAAAUGAUCCAGAAAUAAUAACGCCAUCAGAUUUCCCUGAAGUCCUAAUGGAUGAAUCUAUUGAUCCUAGCUUAAUUGAUUCGUUUGAACCGAUUUAUCACUGUGAUCCGAUGGAUUUGAUUUUUAAUCCCGAAUUAAGCCCUUUGUAUAAAAAUGCAUAUUUUUAUGAAGAGCCUACUCGUGAAGAAAUCAUUAUGCAACAAAUGAGAAUUGAUAAACUAAAAUACAGACAUAUGCAUUUGCAUGAAACAAUGUUAAAUAAAAUCAAAAUGUUUGAUGACAAUCUAUUUAAAUUGAAUAAAAUGCGAAUAGACGUUAAACUUGAGAUUAUAUUUCUUGAUUUAUGGGCUACGACGUUAGAAGAAGAAAUGCUAGUUUUGUACGAUUUUGAUUUACUUGAAGAUGAUCUUUCGUACAAUGUACAUAUUAAAACAGGAGAACAAAAUGAUAAAGCUCAACAAAUACAAAGAAUUCAAGAAGAUAUCAAAUAUUUUAAUGAUAUUAACAUAAAACAAACAAAUAUGCUAAUAGACAAUCAACAUACUUUUGAUAUGUGUCUAAAAUUGGAGAAUAGCGGUUUUGCUAAACAUCUUAAAAAAAUAUUCAAUAAGAAAUUGAAAAUACCCAAAAUUAAAUCAUAUGAUGAUGAUGAUAUUUCAUCGUCUUCAUCUAGCGAAAGUGAAGAAUCUGAACCAGAAUUUAAUAACGAAAGUGGAGAAUCCAUAACGGCAAUGAGUCGAGUACCAGUGUUUGAUGAGAAAGUAUUACCGAUAGGCUGUGAUCCAAAAUUAUUUAAUACAACAUUAGAGUUGAGAUCUAAAAAAUAUGAAAUUGAACAAACCAUAGAGGAUAAUAAAAGAAAAUUGGACGCGAGUAGUACACAUCUGACUUCAAUUUACGUAGAACUUGAUUUUAUUGAAGAUGAAUUAAAACAAAUUCAAAAUGAACUAGAAGCAUGUCAGAUAAAAAAACAAAUGAAACUAAAUGAUGUUCAUACCACAAUUGUACUAUAUAAAUCUCAAAUUACUAAAGCUAAAUCAUUGAAAAAUAGUAUCUUAUUAUAUGGAAAUGUUAUACAAGAUCUAUCAAAUAGAGCAGCGGAAUUAAAAAAAGAGGAAAAAGAGAUAAUAAACAUUUUAAAAAAAGAAAAGUUAUGUGCAAAAAAGGAUCGCAUUGAAAUAGCCAAAAUGGAGAAUGAUUUGAGAAAUAUUAAAAUAGCCAUUAAAGAUGAAAUGAUAAAGAAAUUUAAAACUGUAAUAAAUUGGAGUUUUUUAGACCAAAUGGAAAUGACCAUCAUCGAUUACAUGAUUAUUAAAUCGAAGUCUGAAGCAAAAGAUUCAAAGGAACGUUUUAUUCGAGAGUUAAAAAUAUUAGAAAACAAAAUUAGUUCACAACGAAAGUCAGUAACUGACUUAUUAAAAUCAAAUACUCGUCGAAAUAAAUUAUUAACAAAUGUUCUUGAAAACAUUAAUAAAAUACGACGGUAUUUGGAUAUGGACCAAGAAAGAAUUACGAAAAAUUUUCAAAAUUUAUCAAUGGAAUCAACAAUUACUUCUGAAAUAGCUACUAUGAACUGCAUAUAUGAUGGAUUAUUAAAGAUGAAACAAUCCCUUUGUGAACAAUUAGAUAUGCAUAAAUUAAAAUGCAAAACGUUCACAACUCCUAUAAUGCAAUAA